AGGGACGUGGUGACUGUUGGUGAACGUGUAAUCGUGCAUUGGUGACCUUUCGUGUCCUCAAACGUCAGUUCACGCCAGUUCUUCAGAAGUUGUAGGGACGUUAACAACGUGUGAACUUAUCAUUUCUUGUAGUGUCCUCUUGACAAUUGAUAUAAAAGCCUGCCAAAAUGGUCUGGAUAACCAACGACGAUAAGAUGGCUGGAACACCAGUAGCAACACAUAUGACUGCACAGAGUCACCUGGAGCACAUGUGUGCCCUGGACAUAACUACACAGACAUCGUUCGUGCGUUUAUCGGGAAUUAUCUGCACAAUUGGUCCAGUCUCAAGAUCAGUUGAAAGGUUGGAGCAAAUGAUCGAGACUGGAAUGAACAUUGCUCGAAUGAACUUCUCUCAUGGAUCUCAUGAAUAUCAUGCAGAGACAAUAGCAAAUGUGAGAGCAGCCCAAAAAAAUCUCAGCGAAAGAACGGGCAUCUGUGUACCUGUUGCUAUCGCCCUGGACACCAAAGGUCCGGAAAUCCGUACAGGCCUUUUGGAAGGCGGCGGCAGCGCAGAAGUUGAACUGGUUAAGGGACAGUCAUUUAAACUCUCGACAGACAAGGCACUUCUUGAAAAAGGAAAUAAUAAGGCUGUCUGGGUCGACUACGUGAAUAUUUCUAAAGUACUGAAACCAGGAAAUCGUGUCUUUGUUGAUGAUGGCUUAAUUUCCUUGAUCGUCACCGAAGUCAGUGAUUCUGGAGUCAUCACCACCGUUGAGAAUGGCGGCACUCUUGGCUCCCGGAAGGGUGUGAAUCUCCCAGGAGUUCCCGUCGACUUGCCCGCGGUCUCCGAGAAGGACAAAUCAGAUUUAACUUUCGGCGUGGAGCAAGAAGUCGACAUGAUCUUCGCCUCGUUCAUCCGUGACGCCUCAGCCCUGACCGAGAUCCGCGCCAUCCUCGGCGAGAAGGGAAAGAACAUCAAGAUCAUCUCGAAAAUCGAGAACCAGCAAGGAAUGACCAACCUGGACGCGAUCAUCGAAGCCUCCGACGGUAUUAUGGUGGCUCGCGGUGAUCUUGGAAUCGAAAUCCCUCCCGAGAAGGUCUUCCUCGCCCAGAAGUGCAUGAUCAGCAGGUGCAACAAAGUUGGAAAGCCUGUGAUUUGUGCCACUCAAAUGCUGGAGUCCAUGGUCAAGAAACCACGUGCCACCAGGGCUGAAACAUCUGAUGUUGCCAAUGCUGUUUUGGAUGGUGCUGAUUGCGUCAUGCUUUCUGGCGAAACUGCUAAAGGAGAAUAUCCUUUGGAAUGUGUUCGUACCAUGGCCAACAUCUGUAAAGAAGCAGAGGCAGCGAUUUGGCAAAAUCAGCUCUUCACUGACCUUACUAGGAGAGUUAUUCCCCCAAUUGACGCUACACACGCAGCAGCAAUCGCUACAGUCGAAGCCGCUCAGAAAUGUCUCUCCAGUGCGAUCAUUGUGAUCACAACUUCAGGAAGAUCUGCACAUCUUAUUUCAAAAUACAGGCCACGUUGUCCCAUCAUCGCAGUCACCAGGUUCCCACAGGUCGCCCGGCAGGCACAUUUGUACCGUGGAAUUUUGCCACUUCACUAUCCAGAUGCGCCCAUGUCCGAUUGGUUGAAGGAUGUUGACGCACGCGUUCAGUUUGGUCUUAAAUUCGGAAAGAGCCGUGGAUUCGUUCAGACCGGAAGUUCUGUCGUGGUAGUCACUGGAUGGAAGCAAGGCUCUGGAUUCACGAAUACUCUUCGCAUCGUGUACGUAGAACCAGAUUUUAAUUGUAGCAACAGAUCUUGUUCUAUUGAAGUAUUGGGGAUGAGUGGGGGAAGUGAAGAAAUGGCUAUUAGUGUAGUGCCCGUAAUCAUGAUGGUUUGGGGCAGAAAGAAGACAAUGUGUUCAAACAAAGAUAUGGCUUUGGUUAAAAAUAACAUGGAGUGUCCUGGAAUGCCAUGGAUGGUUCGAUCGGAAGACCAAUUUUUGCCUGAUCAUCAAUUACGAGCUGCUUAUCAAGUAACUCAUAUUGAUCAUAAAAUGAAACUUAAUGUAAAAUGUAAUCCCAAACCUGCAAGACUUACCGGCAUAAUGGUCACAUUAGGUAUUAAUAAUUCGCAUCCAGUUGGUGUGAUGAAUGCAGUUAUGGCUGGGGCGGACAUUGUUCGUCUAAAUAUGUCACAUAAGGAUCAAAAGUGGCACACAAUUUCGGUACAGUGCAUAAGACAAGCCGGAAAUAAAAUACAAAAGUGCGAGGGUCAAACUGCUCCCCUAGGGGUUGCAAUCGACCUUCGAGGUCCGGAAAUUCGAACUGGACUUUUUAAGGGUGAUAGAGAGUCAAUGGGAUGUGCUUUCUUGAAAGAAGGCCAAAGUGUAAAAUUAUUAGUAGAUGAAUCUGUAAAACGAGCUGGAACUUGUUGCGCUUUUUGGGUCAGUUGUUCAAAUUUACCAAAAAUUUGUCAGGCUGGAGAUAAAAUUUUGAUUAAUCAUGGUAUUGCUGUUCUUAAAGUAAUUUCUUGUGAGGAAAAGUUUGUGAACUGCAAAAUAAUGAAAGGGGGAAUCAUAAAGGAAGAAAGUAUUGUACAGUUGUGCGAUUCGAUUUUGGGUUUACCCCAAAUUUCAGAGGAAGAUGAUCAAGAUAUUGAUUUAGGCUCGGAUCUUGAAUGCGAUUUUUUAAUAUCAUCUCACACAGAAAAUGGAAAAAUGGUGUGCGCUAUUAAAGAUCGGGUGAAGCAAAAAGGUAAACAUGCGAUGUGUAUUUUGGCGAAGAUCUCCUCUCAGCAGGGUUUGGACUCUUUUGAUGAUAUAUUGAAAGUGGCGGAUGGUAUAGUUUUCGACAGAAACAGUAUAGCUUUUGAAAUUGGAUCAGAAAAGUUGUUUUUGGUUCAGAAAUCAAUAAUUGCAAAAUGCAACAGAAUUGGCAAGCCGGUGGUGGUGGGCUUUCAAGUCUGGGACGAAAGUGACAAUUUAAAAAUGAGCAUGAGCGAAAUAGCAAAUGCUGUUCUCGAGGGUGCUGACACCGUUUUUCUUGCCACCGGUGCUUUGAACGCGAAGGAAACAGCAGAUUUGAUUCAAAAAGUUGAUAUCGUAUGCAGGGAAGCUGAGAGUGCGAGAUGGCAGCGACAACUUUAUGAGGAACUCAGUUACAAGGCUUCGAUCCCUUUGGACCCCACACACUCAGUAGCAAUUGCAGCGGUGGAAAUGUCUUUAAAAUGCAAUGCAGCAGCAAUUAUCGUAACAACAACCACAGGUCGUUCUGCCAUGAUGUUGUCAAUUUACAGACCCCGCUGUCCAAUUGUGGCCAUUUCUCGUCAUGGAAUUGCUUCUAGAUGGCUUCAACUCUACUUUGGCAUACAUCCGAUUCAUUAUAGAAAUUCACCUCAUCGGGAUUGGAGCAAGGACAGGGAUGCUCGAAUUCAGGCAGGCAUGAAUUAUCUUCGAAGGUGUAAAUUUGUUCAGGUCGGUGAAGCGGUUAUUAUUGUAACUGCGUGGCAUCAAGGGAGCGGAUUUACAAAUUGCAUUCGCAUUGUUUAUGCUUCACCUGGUCUUAUUCCAAAUAAACAAAACAUAGGCUCUGAAGACACAUGGUAGAAUUG